CGACAAAUACAUGCACUUCUUAAUCUUCAAAAAAAACAAAACUUCGCGAUUAACUAUUUUUUUAAGUGCAUUUAAUUUGUUUAUUGUAAUAUGCCUGUGCUGUGCAGAACAGGCUGUGGCAAUAAUGCCGUACUCAAGAGACCCAAAACUGGCGAUGCUCUUUGUAAGGAAUGCUUUUACUGGGCCUUUGAAACCGAAAUCCAUUACACUAUUACUAAGAGUGAACUGUUCAAAAGAGGAGAUUCUGUUGCGGUUGCUGCAUCUGGUGGAAAGGAUUCCACUGUUCUAGCCCACGUCCUCAAAACGCUCAACAGUCGUUAUAACUACGGUUUGGAGCUCACUCUACUAUCUAUUGAUGAAGGAAUCACCGGAUAUCGAGAUGACAGUCUAGAAACAGUGAAACAAAACAGGGAUGACUAUGAGAUGCCUUUAAAAAUCUUGUCAUACAAAGAUCUUUAUGGUUGGACCAUGGACGAGAUUGUCGCUCAGAUCGGUCGGAAAAACAAUUGUACUUUCUGUGGGGUGUUCAGAAGGCAAGCUUUGGAUAGAGGUGCAGCAAUGCUGGGGGUGAAAUGCAUAGCAACAGGGCACAAUGCAGAUGAUAUUGCAGAGACAGUGUUGAUGAACAUACUGAGAGGAGAUAUUGCUCGGCUGAAGAGGUGUACGGCUAUAUCUACUGGUAGUGAAGGCACAAUACCAAGGGUGAAACCUCUGAAAUACACUUACGAAAAGGAGAUAGUAAUGUACGCUCAUUACAAAAAGCUGGUGUACUUCUCUACUGAGUGUGUAUUUGCUCCGAAUGCGUACAGGGGGCACGCUAGAGCUCUGCUCAAGGACAUGGAGAAGAUCAGGCCUGCUUGUAUCAUGGAUAUCAUCUACUCGGGUGAAACUAUGACAGUGAAAGAGGAAGUGUCUUUGCCGUCACAAAGGACAUGUGUGAGGUGUCACUUUGUGUCAUCACAGGAGGUGUGCAAAGCCUGCGUGCUCCUCGAGGGCCUGAACAAGGGCUUACCCCGACUGGGCAUUGGCAAGAGCUCUAAGGCUAAGAAAAUGCUUGAUGAAUUCAGUACAAAACAAACGGACACUUUGAAAUCAGUGAUAGCAGAUUUAGAUGAUAGUAGUAACAAUAAGAAAUUGAGUGUAAAUAAAAAAUCAUGUAUUGAAAUAAAUGAUAAGGAAAAUCUUUCAAACAGUAGUGAUAAGUGUAGCAGUAAACAGUGUUGUUCAGGCAAAUGCAGAAAUUCUAAAAAUGUCGACCCCACAGUUUCCAGUGCAAAGAUUAACAGUUUAUUGGACCAAUAUGAGUUAGAAAAUACACCAGCUAUGGACAGAUUGAGGCCAGCAGAAGAAAUAAAUGAAGAAAAUUCCACAGCAGAUGAAGAAAGUAAAUCAAAUGAUGAAGUAGCCACAUCUUAUGUAGAGGAAGAUGACCUUUGUUCCGCGUCAUGCGGCAGAAUGGGCUCGCUACAUAUAGGUUUCUGAUGAAUAAAUAACUAUACAAUUUGUUUUUAAUUCAUUUAUUUUGUUUAUAGUCAAACUUACAGCAAUAGCAUGUAAUGUAUUUAAGAAAACACUUUACCGGAAAACAUUUUCACGAAAGAUAACAUUACAACAAGCUCAUCGAUCAUUACCAAAUCUUCACCACGUCAACAGCCUGGCCACAUUACGAGUAAAUAAAUAUUUCCAGACUUUAUUCACAAUAUUUUUGUCCUUAUUAUUUUUCAAUACUCUUAUAAGGGCCAGGUUGUUACGAAAUAAAUAAUUACAAACUAGAAUUAGUCUAAAGUGGUUCACUCCUAAUUAUUUUUACAAAGACUAUGUUACAGAGAAGAUGGGCGCCGUGCAUAUAAUUUUUAGGAGUAUAAUUCAUGAGAUGAAAGAUAGAUGAAGGGAAGAAAUAGCGAGAGAAGAA